GUCACCAUCACCACCACCACCAACCACCAACCAGGAAGUCAUCCUUAUUCUUAUCCCAGAAGACCCUUUGCCCCUCCCUUUUCUAAUCCUUUACUCAUGAUAUGAUCAUGUUUCAAUGAUCAUGUCUAUCUGGCAGUGAUUAUAUCAACUCCCACUGUUGAUCUACUAGAUGAUUUGGCGAUCAAGACCAGCAACAACGCCCUGUUCAAGCAUCUUUACGCUCCUUUGGGCUGUAAAAAAUGUCUAGGGACCCAGAGACUCAAGUACUGCUUUGACUAGUCUUUCUGACAUUAUGAGUAGUGGAUUGUGCCUGUUUACGAAGCUUCUUGCCUCAUAAAAGCCCGUAUUCAUUCCACGAGAGUCCAGUUUCGCUCCCGCGUUUCUUUGCUGUAUUGAUGUGAAUCUACCCUGGAUAAAUGCAAACCAUGACUCCUUCGCCGGAGAGGGACAGGGAUGGAAUCCUGGAUUCUAACUCUUCGGCUGUCUCCAAUGACUUUCAGAUACACAAGAAAAAGCGCUCCAGCUCCGAAGUGACAGAAUAUCCCCGGAGGCGCGCUACAAUUGCCUGCCAAAUCUGCCGUCUACGGAAAACAAGAUGUAAUGGAGCGCGCCCAAAAUGUCAGCUCUGCACAGAUCUCGAUGCAGACUGUGUCUAUAGAGAACCCGGAAUCAAACUCGAUGCUGGGGAUAAGUUGAUCAUUGAACGGCUCACAAGAAUUGAAGGAUUGCUCCAAUCCAGCCUUGCAGCACAAAAUCCACACUUCCCGCUCUCUUCCACUUCUCCCACAACGAGCAAUGACACAAACAUCGGCAGUGAUGAGGUCGUAGUAAAAUCAUCUGGCCAUGCUGCAGUCUCCGGGAGAACAUCCGUUGUAGGGCUUGGUUCGUGGGCAAACCCUCCCACAAGCAUCUCGACAAUGCCUAAAAUGCACACAACACCGGCACUACACCUGUUACAGUGGCCCUUGAUUCGAGAGUUAGUCGCCGGUCCUUAUGAUCCGCAGACUUUGCUGCAGCUAGAAAUGGCUCGUGAGCCACUCAGAAUGACUUCCCCGGCGGCGUUCGACUUAACCCACGCACCAUCUUACAUUCAAGCCUUCUUCAAACAAGUCAACGUCUGGUACGCUUGUGUUAAUCCCUACACAUGGGCACGGUACUAUAAUGUGGCGGUUUCAGUGGGCUUUAGAGAAGGGCCUGAAAGUUGUGUUGUCCUCCUGGUUUUGGCGCUUGGUUGCGCUACUUCAUAUGGCAGUAUCGCUCUGAUUCCCAAGGAUCGAGAUCCACCAGGGUUACCGUAUUUUAUGACAGCGUGGAAUCUUCUCCCCUCUGUUAUGAUGCGCAAUUCCGUCGCCGCAGCCCAGUGCAUCAUCCUAACCGCAGCGUAUUUAUUUUACCUAGUGCGGCCGCUAGAGGCAUGGACACUACUUUCAAAUGCUAGCAUGAAGCUCCAGUUGCUGUUUGGUAAUGCUUCUCGCGUCCCCGUUCAGUGGAGAGAAUUAAGUGUCAGGGUGUACUGGAACGCUCUACUAUACGAAAGUGACAUGCUGGCAGAACUAGAUCUUCCUCAUUCCGGAAUCGUACACUUUGAAGAACUCGUCGACCUUCCCGGAGGCUUCGAUGAGGAAGAAGACGAAGACGAAGACGAAGAAGAGGGAGGUGAUGACGACGACAAUGACGAUGACGAUGACGAUGAUGGAAACCACGCCGACAACGCCAGAAAAAAGCUUGUCACUGCUGCUGGCCGCGACGAGCUCUGGUACUUCCUUGCUGAAAUCGCCCUCCGACGCCUCCUCAACCGAGUAAGCCACAUGAUCUAUCAAAAAGACAACUCACUCACCCUCGCCUCCCUUGGACCAAUUGUCUCAGAACUAGACUUCCAGCUAUCCCAGUGGUACGAGGGACUCCCGCAACCUGUUCAAUUCCCCCUCUCUCAACCCCCCAUUUCCAACCCGGUCCAAACCGUUCUCCGGCUUCGGUAUUUUGCCUGCCGCACCAUCAUCUACCGUCCCUAUAUUCUAGCAGUCUUCGAAAACGAACAAGCCUCCGCGGACCUUCUCGUCAGAGAAUGCUGCCGUCGGUGCUUAGAGGCUACCUUAUAUCAGUUAGAGAAUAUCACCAGCCAUCGGGAGGGUCACCUACCUUAUCUGUGGCAGGGCACACUCUCCAUGGUCUCACAGUCUCUGCUCAUCAUGGGUGCCACGAUGUCUCCCACGCUUUCAACCUUGCUCCCCUCUGCCCUACGGGUAGACGGUAUAAUCUCCAGCGUGAUUGCGGAGGUCGACAGAUAUGCACACCUUGCACCGAGCCUGAAACUAUCCAGUGAGAUUAUUCGAGACGCGGAGAAACGACGCCAGAUUUGCCUCAGAUCCGCUGGCAAACGAGCUUAA